GCGGGCGGGGACGACUAGCAUUUAUCACUUCCAGCAAGUGCCGGAGCUCGGCCCCGCAGCGCAGAGGCUGCGGUGCGGGUGGUCGCGGGAGCUGACCCUGUGGGGGCCCCGGGGGGGGAGGGGGAGCCGGAAAGCCCCCGCCGAGGCCAUCGCUGCGGGGCCUCCCCUCCCCCCCGGGCGGGCGCCAUGCGGGGGGGCUCUGGCGACGCGGAGCGGCGGCAGCGCUGGGGUCGCCUGUUCGAGGAGCUGGACAGCAACAAGGACGGCCGCGUGGACGUGCAUGAGUUGCGCCAGGGGCUGGCCAGGCUGGGAGGGGGCGAUCCCGACCGUGCACAGCAGGGCAUCUCCUCUGAGGGGGAUCCAGAUGGUGGCCUCAGCCUGGAGGAAUUCACUCGCUACCUGCAGGAACGGGAGCAGCGGCUUCUGCUCAUGUUUCACAGCCUUGACCGGAACCAGGAUGGUCACAUUGAUGUCUCUGAGAUUCAGCAGAGCUUCCGAGCACUGGGCAUCUCCAUCUCGCUGGAGCAGGCAGAGAAAAUUCUACACAGCAUGGACCGCGAUGGCACCAUGACCAUUGACUGGCAGGAAUGGCGAGACCACUUUCUGCUGCACUCCCUGGAGAAUGUGGAGGAUGUCCUAUAUUUCUGGAAGCAUUCUACGGUCCUGGACAUUGGCGAAUGCCUGACGGUGCCCGAUGAGUUCUCCAAGCAGGAGAAACUUACGGGCAUGUGGUGGAAGCAGCUGGUGGCUGGUGCCGUGGCGGGGGCUGUGUCGCGGACAGGCACAGCUCCUCUGGACCGUCUCAAGGUCUUCAUGCAGGUCCACGCCUCUAAGUCCAACCGGCUCAACAUCCUAGGGGGCCUGCGAAACAUGGUUCAAGAAGGGGGCAUCUUGUCCCUCUGGAGGGGCAACGGCAUCAACGUGCUCAAGAUUGCCCCUGAAUCGGCCAUCAAGUUCAUGGCUUACGAACAGAUCAAGCGGGCCAUCCGGGGGCAGCAAGAGACGCUGCACGUUCAGGAACGCUUCGUGGCUGGCUCCCUGGCCGGGGCCACAGCUCAAACCAUCAUCUAUCCCAUGGAGGUACUGAAGACAAGGCUGACUCUACGCAGAACUGGCCAGUACAAAGGGCUCCUGGACUGCGCUCAGCGGAUCCUGGAGCGUGAAGGGCCCCGCGCCUUCUACCGUGGCUACCUGCCUAACGUGCUGGGCAUCAUCCCCUAUGCUGGAAUCGAUCUAGCCGUCUACGAGACCCUGAAGAAUCGCUGGCUUCAGCAGUACAGCCACGAAUCGGCAAACCCAGGCAUUCUUGUGCUGCUGGCCUGCGGCACCAUCUCCAGCACCUGUGGCCAGAUUGCCAGUUACCCCCUGGCACUGGUCCGGACCCGAAUGCAGGCCCAAGCCUCCAUGGAGGGUAGCCCACAGGUCUCCAUGGUGGGGCUGCUUCGACACAUCUUAUCCCAGGAGGGUGUCUGGGGCCUCUACCGGGGCAUUGCCCCCAACUUCAUGAAGGUCAUUCCAGCCGUGAGCAUCUCCUACGUGGUCUACGAGAACAUGAAGCAGGCUCUGGGGGUCACAUCCAGGUGAGGGGCCAGGAACCUGCCACCCCGAGAUUCCUUCAUCUUCACCACGGCAUCUCCCAGGCUGACGUCCUCGACCACCGGAGACUAAUGGCCUGACCGGUGGAUCCUAAUCCCCCAUCCCAAGCCGCUGGAUCCCAGUACCCAAAUCCCAGAUCCUUGGCCCUGUGUCCUGACCCUGACACCACUGGACCCCACUCUUUGGCCACUGGAUCCCAGUGCUGGAUCCUCAACUUCACAGCCAGACCCCAACUGCUGUGCCUCACACAUCAGCAGUCUGAUGCUUGAAAUGCAGAACCAUCCACGCCCUGGCUCUGAACCCUUAUCCCGGAGCCCGGAGCUGAAUCCUGCUUUUCCCUGCACCACCCACUGGGCCUCCCUAUGCAGCAGCAGAUGGCCCAGUGCCCCAAGCAUGGGAGCACACAUCCAUGUACCCCAUAGCCAGACCUCAGAUCCUUCCAGCACCAGACGCUCUUGCCGCACAGGACUGAGAUUCCCAAACCUGCUGAUGAAUACCCUGUCACCUGCCUCAUAGUCCGGCCACUGGAUUCUAGAAGCCAAGAACUCCCAGCCACAGGGUCCUGACAGAGCAAUGCCAAGAUCCUGGCGCUCUGCCCCUGGGUCACUGGAUCCCAGAUCCCUCACCCCAAACAAUCAUGUUCCUCGGCUUGGGGUUCCGUCCGCACUCUUCCACCUUGACUGCUGGGUCUACACUUCAAGCACCACCCUCAGUCUCAUCACUGGAUCCCAGAGUCGCAACCCACUAGAUUCUGGUUCCCGGAAGCACAGGUGUGAGCUCCAGGGUGGAUCCCAGAUGCCACAGCUGUGAAAUUCCAGACCCCAGGUUCCUUCCACCCCUUCUCUGGGCACCAUCCGUAGGAAGCGGAGCUCUCCCAGACACUGCGCUCCUGCACCCCCAGUGCUCAGACCGCUCCCCAAGUCUAGAUCCCCACCGCCCGGUGGCAGCAUCUCAGAUCCCACAGGCACCCCAGUAUCCCAGAGACACCCUGGAGCUGAUUCCCACUGCAUGGAACCACACCAUCCAGGGAUCCUUCUGGAAGCCCAGACCCCAGACCAGUGGCUCCCCACCAAGCAGCAAGGGAUGGGAUAUAUGUCCCACACCACACCCCAUAGGAAUGCUGGAUCUCCCCUCAGCUACGACACACCUCCCCUCCCCUCCCAAAUCACCCCCCUUCCCGUCUUCCCACUCUAAAAUGUCUUCCACACCCCUGCCCACCUUCCAGGCUAGUAACUCCCAGAGCCCAGGUCCCUCUGGGAGGGCCUGGUCUGCUUGUUCAUGGAUCGGGAGCUGCCAGGUGAAGUCGGGGGACACAGCCAAGGGGACCUUCUGCAUCCCAGCACUGCCAGCCCUGCUCGGGCCUCAGAAAGUCACAAUUAAGGACCAAUAUACAGCAUCCUUCCUGAAACCCAGCAUUCAGUAUGCAAAAUCAAACAUCCCCAGACUGACUCGGGGGUCUAUUUUUCUACAAAGUCCCCUGGCUCCCCACCACAUUCCCAUACCCUCCGCACUUCAACAUUGGGUUCUGAGCUUAGGAUAACUGGGGAUACCCUGGUGAACUCCCCAGCCUUUGGGGACCCCAUCAAAGGACCGUGAAAGGGGAACUGGGGUGUUGGGUGGCAGGAGGACUCCACCAUGGCUUCCACCUCUCCCUCCAGCCUACACCAAGCCCCACCUCCCUGCCCAUGCCUGUCAUUUCAAGGGGAAAGAAAAUAAAUUUUCUAAGCACUUUCA